GAGCGGGGCAGCCAGAGCCUGCACUGACGUGCCGUCUGCUGCGUGCCUGCCCGAGGGAACAGCGGGCUGUCCAUGGGAAGGUGGUGGGCGCAGGCUGAGAGCCGUGCUGCUGCCAACACCGUGCUCCUUGCCCCGGGAUCGCCGAUGCCACGGGAGGCCUCUGAUGGAAGAGGCUUGGAUCAAUCGCUACCAGAAGCAGCUGGUGAGGUCCAUCUCACCACAGUUCCUGGAGGAGAUCAUCUGCCACCUGCGGAGGCUGGACCUCCUCACGGCGGAGGAGGCCGGCCGGGCGCAGGAGGCGAGCUCCCUGCCCGAGCAGGUGAGGGCCGUGGUGGAUGUCCUGGCUGGCAAGGGCAGCUAUGCCUCCCAGUGCCUGCAGACCUUCAUCGAGACCACCAACUCCCAGCUCUACCUCCACAUCACUGUUUACGAGCCGAUGGUGCAGAAACACCUGGAGAGCCUCCAAAGCUACUAUGGCAAUGGCCUGGAGACGGGUCCUCUCCAGCGCCUCACGAACCUGCUGCUGGUGGAAGGCUUGACCGACAUCCAGCAGAAGGAGCACGACAUCCUGCAGAUGGAAACCACCAAAGGCCUACGAAACGUAUCCAAGAGCAUCCCUUUAGAGAAGCUCUUCCUGCCCCUGUCCAAGGUCAGCAUCCCCCCACGGAUCUCCGUGACCGUAGGGGUGGCUGGGAUCGGCAAAAGCACGCUGGUGAAGCUGUUUGUCUACAGCUGGGCAAAGGGGGAGAUCAACAGGGACAUCAUGUUGGUGCUGCCCCUCACCUUCCGGGACCUCAACACCUACGAGAAGCUCUCUGCCGAGCGGCUCAUCCGCCUGGCCUUCCCUCACAUCACCGAGCCCAGCUGCAUCUCCGCGGGAGCCACCAGGACGCUGCUCAUCCUCGACGGCUUGGACGAGUUCAAGACUCCUUUGGAUUUUUCCAACACGGUUGUGUGCACCGAUCCCAAGAAGGAGAUUCAGGUGGACAACUUGAUCACUAACAUCAUACGUGGCAACCUGUUACAGGAGGCUUCUGUCUGGGUCACCUCACGGCCAACAGCAGCCAGCCAGAUCCCCGGUGGCCUGGUUGACCGGAUGACAGAAAUACGAGGUUUCGCAGCCGCAGAGAUGAAAGAAUUUUUGGACCAGAUGUUCCUCGACAACAGAGACUUGGCCAGCCAAGUUCUGCAUCAUAUCAAGGCGAACAGAUCUUUACACAUCAUGUGCACAGUUCCUGGCUUUUGCUGGAUUUCUGGCUCUUCAAUUGGUUAUUACCUAAAAAACAUCACCGAUCAAUCCCAAGAAAUGACAGUUGUUCCUAGGACCUUAUCAGAAAUCUAUUCCUAUUAUUUUAAAAUGGCUUUGAGCAGCGACUGGCCAGAAAAACAGAGAGAAACACUCAGGAUUGAGCAAGCUGUGAACAGCAGCAAGAAAAUAAUGGGCAGCCUGGGCAGGCUGGCCUUCUACGGCCUGCUCAAAAGGAAGUACGUGUUUUACGAGCAGGACAUGAAGACGUACGGCAUAGACCUUUCCUUGCUGCAGAGCAGCUUGUGCAGCAGACUCUUACUCAAAGAGGAGAUGCAGUCCUCCACAGCCUAUUAUUUUUCCCACUUAACCAUACAGGAGUUUUUAGCAGCUAUUUAUUAUUACACCGCUGCGAAGCGGGCUAUAUUCGACCUCUUCACGGAGAACGGGAUGUCCUGGCCCAAGCUGGGUUUCCUCAACCACUUCAAGAGCGCCGUUCAGAGGUCUCUGCAGGCCGAGGAUGGGCAGCUCGAUAUCUUCGUGCGUUUCCUCUCGGGGCUCCUCUCCCCCCAGGUGAACAAGCUGCUCUCCGGGUGGCUCCUGGCAAAGGAUGAGCACAACAGCUUCAGGAGCCAAGCGAUCAGCUUCCUCCAGGGCUGCCUGAACACGGACUACGUUAUCUCCUCGCGGACAGUGAACACCGUGCACUGCCUCUAUGAGAUCCAGCACAUGGAGAUUGCCAAGUCUGUGGAGGAAGCGAUGAAGAACGAGAGCUUGGCCGGGAUGCUCACGCCAGUGAACUGCUCCGUCCUGGCGUAUCUCCUGCAGGUCUCCGACGUGUGCAUGGAGGAGACCAACCUCUCCAACUGCCUCACUUACAACGUCUGUAAGAGCCUGCUCCCCCAGCUCCUCUUCUGCCACAACCUCAGGCUGGACAAUAACCAGUUUAAGGACAACGUGAUGGAGCUGCUGGGCAGCGUGCUGAGCGUGAAGGACUGUCAGAUCCAGAAGCUCAGCUUGGCAGAAAAUCAGAUCAGCAACAAGGGUGCCAAAGCGCUGGCCAGGUCGCUGAUGGUGAACAGGAGCCUGAUGGUGCUGGACCUGCGGAGCAACUCCAUCGGCCCCUCAGGAGCGAAAGCGCUGGCUGAUGCGCUGAAGAAAAACCAAGUCCUGCUCUCCCUGAACCUGCAGCACAACGUGAUCAAGGAGGACGGUGCCAUGUUCCUGGCCGAGGCCCUGCUCACCAACCACAAGCUGACGACCCUGCACCUGCAGAAAAACUCCAUCGGAGCCCAGGGCGCGAGGAAAAUAGCAGAAGCACUGAAGCGGAACUGCAGCCUCAAGGAACUGAUGCUCUCCAGCAACUCCGUUGGAGACAACGGCUCGGUCGCCUUGGCUGAAGCUCUGAAGGUCAAUCACAGCCUGCAAAGCCUCGAUCUCCAGAGCAAUUCCAUCAGCAGCGCCGGGGUCGCCGCUCUGACAGCAGCUCUCUGCUCCAACAAGGGACUCAUCAACCUCAACCUACGGGAGAACUCCAUCAGCAAGGAGGGGGGCCCCGCCAUCGCCCGCGCCCUGCGGACCAACAGCACCCUCAGGAGGCUGGACUUAGCAGCCAACCUGCUGUACGACGAAGGCGGCAAGGCCAUCGCUCUGGCGAUGAAGGAGAACAGGGCGCUCACGUCCCUCCACUUGCAGUGGAACUUCAUUCAGGCAAACGCUGCCACGGCGCUGGCACAAGCACUCAAGUCCAACAGCAGCCUGGCCAGCCUCGACUUGCAGGAGAAUGCCAUCGGAGACGAGGGAAUGGCCGCCCUGUCCGCUGCACUGAAGGUCAACACGACCCUGGCAGAUCUCCACCUUCAGGUGGCUUCAGUUGGCGCGGCCGGGGCCCAAGCCCUAGCAGAGGCCUUGAUGGUCAACAAGAGUCUGCAGAUCCUGGACUUGAGAGGAAACUUCAUCGGCGUGGCAGGGGCCAAAGCGAUGGCCAACGCGCUGAAGGUGAACCGGAGCCUCCGCAGGCUCAACCUGCAGGAGAACUCCCUGGGCAUGGACGGAGCCAUCUGCAUCGCCACCGCUCUGAAGGGGAACCACGGCCUCACAUAUGUCAACCUGCAAGGGAACCGCAUCGGCCAGUCGGGAGCCAAGAUGAUCUCCGACGCCAUCCGGACAAACUCACCCGACUGCGUCGUGGAGGUGUGAGGGCCCCUGGCUGCCACGAGGAGGUGGCCUGGUGGGGCAGAGAGCGUCCCUUCGGCCGCUGUGCGUGUGCAGGGGGACGCUGGGCCCGCUGCCCGUGGGGAAAGCAGGGGCAAGGAGAGCCCCACAGCUCUCGGCAUGGCCCCGAGGGGCUCGCGGCUGCUGGGACCUGGGGCUCCAGAUCAGCAGUGCACGAGGGUCAAUGCUCACCUGCGUUAGAAAGCUGGGAACGCAUGGCUGGGUGCCCCUUCAGCGGAGCCCCGGGGGAGCUCUGAGGCUAUGUGAAAGGGUGAAAUGGAAACAGGAGGGAGGGGGGGACACCCCACACGCCAGGCCCUUUUCCCAUGCAGAGGGGUGACUUACCUCCCACUGCCGGGGCAGCACACCCCUCCUGUGAUCUCCGUGAUGCUGGGGCCGCGGUGCUGUGCCCAGAGCCUGUCCUAGACCAGGCACAUCCUGACCACCCAGGAGCUCGGCUCUCUCCUCACCCUGGGCUGCUGUAGGCAAACGUCGUGGCACCCCAGCCUGGCCCCAGGACAUUGCUCCCAGUGCCAGCUCUUCUCCAUCGAGGUCUGCUAGGGAGAGGCUGGGAGAACCGGGUGAAACAGCUGCCCCUUCUCACCAGACCAAACACAGCCCCGUCCUGCAGCUCCCGCUGAAGUCCCGGAGAGAUGAGAGCUUUGCUGUUCCCUUGCUCAGAUCAGUCGGUGGUGCUUUGGACCAGGGUGCUUCAGAGCAGGGGCUGCUCCUUGUGCAGCGGGGUGCCUUGCCGUGCCCUCAGCAAACACGAUGCUUUUGGCUGGGCGUGCCCAAAGCGUUUGGCAGUGCUGUCCUGCAUCAAAGCCUCUUGGAAGAGACGGAAAUCCCAAGGUGUAGGAGUAGAACCAGCUAGAAAGGCCUUGGGAAAUAAAGAGCCCUUUGGAGAAAGGAAGGAGCGGGAGGACGUUUGGAAGAGGAACAGCGCUGCACGAGGAUGGGCCAUCUCCAGCACGUGCAUCCAGGUGCUGCUGGGAAGCCUCCUGACAACAUUCUGCCUCUCACAAGCUUAGGCUGGGCUUCUUGGGUUUCCUGUUCUUGCCAUCGGUGACAAGCUGGGUGACCUUGGGAUGUGUCUUCCCACUGUCCCAGCUCCAGAGAGGGUCGUCCCCUAGCAGGUCACCUUCUGGACAGGCAGCUGCUGAGAGCAGAGGUGCCCAGCGAUGCCUCUGGGUGUGCAGCAGACACGGUGAUUCUCCAGAAGGUGACCAGAAGGCAGUCUGUGCAGCCCCCAGAGCCCCCGCCAGCCGCUGCCCCUCUCCCUGAUCCACCCCAGCCGGAGUCCACACUUGGACAUGCUGCUGCUGUAGUCCUGCUCCAAACACCUCUGGGGGCUGAUCCUGGAGGAGUGCUGGGGUGAGCUGUGCGAUAUAUACAUACUUGGAAAUAAAUUGGUUCCUAGCUGGAGAAAUGCCUUUGCACUGCCUUCCUCGAUCAGCUGUGGAUCAUUACAUAGGACAGUCAGGGUGCACCACUAGGGCUACGUUCCCCUGCCCAGGCUGGAGACCCCACGCCCUGUUCUAGCACAUCAGGAGGGCUCAUGGCUUUUCCAUGAGGCAUUAGAGGCUGGCUCGUGAUCUCCAAUCACUCAGCAUCACUAUAUCCUGUUGAAGUCCUACCUGUCAUCAUUAUUUCAGGGCAGACAGGGCCUUGAGACCAGCUCUGCCCCAAGUCUGUGUUUAAGCCCAAGCUGAAACGUUACCUGAAGUACCAAAGGGAGACAGCAAUCAACAAUCCCAAGCAGGCUCGCAAACCCUGGGGCUCCAGGAAAUAUGGGGUUAACAACAAUCUGAAAGACAUUUAUAGAUCUGUUUGCAUGUACACAUACCUAGCUAUAGAUAAACACUUCCGUGCUGAAAGCGUCAAAUACUCAGAGGGUGCAUUUCCCCUGGCACCGGGGGGUGGCUGCUAAAAGCACUUCUGUUCGUGCCUGCUACAAGAAGCUGCAACGCAAACCACAGCUCCCCUAAAAAGGAGCCCCGGCAGGCUGUGUUGAAAGGCUAGGUGGCAGUGCUGCCUGAAGAGGCUCUGGCUCAGGAUUUAAUACAUCAGCUUUCCAUUUCAGCCUACGGUAUAGGAAAUAACAGAAAACCGGUCCAAACUCAGAGACUGUGCCCUGUCACACGGGAAAUCUCCCUCACAGGUGAAAUGUGUCUCUUUCAGCACGCAGGGAGGACCAGAACAGAUUCCCUGAAUACCACAAAAGAAUGUUUUCAGAUCAGGUCCUAAAAUCAGGACAUUUCAGCCCCUUGGAAAAGGGAUGGGGCAAGCACGUACACUUUUUCCCUGGCUGUCACAGGACCCCCCUAAUGGAUUUGCAGUAGGUAUCCAGCACUAAGAACGCCAUCUUCUAUGUCUGCUUUCUUUGAAGCGAGGUGCAAAAUGCUGAUUAACUUUAUAAUUAAGGGUGCAAAGGAAGGUCCUAACUGUCAGCCAGUUCAGCUCAAGCCUAUGUAAUUCUGUGCACUUCAGCACAUCACAGCACCCACAUGUCCUGUUAACGACACAAAAAUUGUGGAGUGUUUACCUGGGAAGUUUUGGCUCAUUCCAACAGGACACUUUAAAUUCUAAGCUCUGCUGACAGGUGUCAG